GGCGCUUAUCGGGGGCGGGCGGACCUGCGGCAGCGCCUUAUCUCUGCAGCGCACACGGCCCCGGCGCGCCUCGGCCCAUGCUAACGAGGCCUGGAACACCGCCCAGGACCACACCGCAGCCUAACUAACUGCUGGCCUCUCUGCGAGAGGGGGAAAAGCAAAUCCCCCCAUCCCAACCUCAACCCCUCUCGGCGGAGGAGUGGAGGGCCUUUUCAAGAGGGGCCGGUCUCUCUAACUAUGCCCCAGGAUGACCGAGCGGCCGCCCAGCGAGGCGGCACGCAGUGAUACCCCACUAGAGGGACCGGACGCGGCCGAGACCCGCAUGGCCCCCCCGCACCUGGUCCUGCUGAACGGCGUCGCCAAGGAGACGAGCCGAGCAGCCCCAGCGGAGCCCCCGGUCAUCGAGCUGGGAGCGCGCGGCGGCCCAGGGGGCGUCCCUGCCGGUGGGGGCGGCUCCGCGAGAGACUUAAAGGGCCGCGACGCGGCGGCGGCCGAAGCGCGCCAUCGGGUGCCCACCACCGAGCUGUGCAGACCUCCCGGGCCCGCGCCGGCCCCCGCGCCAGCCUCGGCCCCAGCGGAGCUGCCCGGCGACGGUCGCAUGGUGCAGUUGAGCCCUCCGGCGCUGGCGGCCCCCGCCGGGCCCGGCCGCGCGCUGCUCUACAGCCUCAGCCAGCCGCUGGCCUCGCUCGGCAGUGGGUUUUUUGGGGAGCCUGAUGCCUUCCCUAUGUUUACCAACAACCGAGUGAAGAGGAGACCCUCCCCCUAUGAGAUGGAGAUUACAGAUGGUCCCCACACAAAAGUUGUGCGGAGGAUCUUCACCAACAGCCGGGAGCGAUGGCGGCAGCAGAAUGUGAACGGGGCGUUUGCAGAGCUCCGCAAGCUGAUCCCCACUCAUCCCCCAGACAAGAAGCUCAGCAAGAAUGAGAUCCUUCGCCUGGCCAUGAAGUAUAUCAACUUCCUGGCCAAGCUGCUCAACGACCAGGAGGAGGAGGGCACCCAGCGAGUCAAGCCUGGCAAGGACCCUGUGCUGGGAGCUGGCGGGGGUGGGGCAGGGGGUGGUGCGCCUCCGGAUGACCUACUGCAGGACGUGCUUUCUCCCAACUCCAGCUGUGGCAGUUCCCUGGAUGGAGCAGCCAGCCCGGACAGCUACACGGAGGAGCCAGCACCCAAGCACACUGCCCGCAGCCUCCAUCCUGCACUGCUGCCUGCCACCGAUGGGGCUGGCCCUCGGUGAUGUGUCUGGGGCUGCCCGGGAUCAGCAGCAGGGGCCCCUAAGCCAUUGAGAUGGUGGACUGUAGGGCAGGUGGGAUGAGUAUGUACAGGGCAGUGGACUUGAGUCUGAACUUUGGGAAGCCCUAACUGACCCUGGGCUGGCUUUUCUGUUUCUUGCCUCAGGGGGAGAACAAGAAAAUGGAGUGAAGUGGUAGGUACUUUUUCUGAAGAUGGCACGGUCUUCCCUCUCUUCCCCAAGUCCUAGAACUUCCCAAGAGGCUCCAGUGUCACUGCUUUUGGCCUGGAGUUUGGGAGUCCUGUCUUUGCUGAGACCAGGGCCUGUCAGCUAUCACCUGAGGCACCCAGCAGUCUCUGCUUUGCCUUUAGCUGUGGCUGCUUCUGUCCAAAUACAUAGGUACCCAAGAGCUGCCCAUUUCUUGAGCCCCAUCUUCACUCAGGCCUGUGUUGAUCCAUCCAGCUUGCCAGCUGCUGCAGAGAGUCACAAGUCUGGAGGUGCCUUCUUUAGGGCCUGGUUGAAGAAGAUGGCCAGUGUACAGCCUGCUUUUGAUUAGCUGGGCCAGAGGUCAGGAAUCCUAGGAAAUGUCUUGCUCUGGGGAUCAGAGCUCCACUUUCUCCUUACUAAGACAUGCCUUCCUAUCUUGUGGCUGUGAGGAUGCCCUUUUGGGUUUUGUGUGAAGGUAGAGAAAGGGAAAGUGACAUUAGAGAGAAAUUGAGAAAGAGAUGUUAUGGGCUUGAAGGUUUCAACUCACUGCUUGUGCUGGUGAGCCGUCAGUGUUCUGAUGGGCACAUGUUCGUGCUGGGAGAUGUGCAGCCAAUGUGUGUUUUAGAGGCUUAGUGAGAGCUCCAUGCUGCAAGAUGUCUGUUGGCUGAUGGUCUGGUUUUCCUUUUGAAUUGAGCACAAACUUGUCUUAUGAAUUCUUUGUAUUUAAGAUUUUUGCUUGAUUUCAGUUAUUGGUGGACUCUUUAGGCCUUGAUAGGACCCAGGAAUCCAGUCAGAGACCAGGCCCUGGCUAAGACCCAAACAUAUGCACAUUCACAUAGCAGAACCUUAAAUACCCCUCAACUGUGCAUCUUCCAAUCAUCAAGGGUGCGUAUGGGAGGUUGGUUUAAUGCUUUAGGACUGCCCCCUCCAAAAGUUGUACAUGAAAUUUUUGUAAAUUAAAUCCUUAUCUUUCAUUUUUUAAAGAAGUAACUACUGCAAGCCCUUUUGUAAAGUUGAUAAUCCUUUUGUAAUGUGGACUACUGCACCCUGUUUUUCUCUGUGACAACCCAGAAGGUUGGUCAUGGUUUUCUUAAGGCUAGACCUUCCCGUGAUGCAUUCAAAGUCCAUGGAACAAACUACACUUAUGUAUCUGUUAUUGUACUCUGAGUCACCUAGCUCUCUUCCACCAGACUCUGCCUUUGAGUCAGAGGAAAUAUAUCCAGUGGCCCCAUCCUGUCACGCAAGGACCUACCACUGUGGCUGAUAGAAAACCCUUUCAUGUUCUGAGUGUCAUUCUAGUGGCUUGCCCCACUAUGAUGGGGCUUUGAGUAUAGCCCUGUGCAGGUAAAGAAUGAUCCCUGCUCCCUUCCCCUUUUAAGUUGUGAGAUGCAGUUCUUGGGCAUGUGAACAAUACGGUUAACCUUUGAAGCACUCUGAGUCUCCAUCUCAUUUCAGACUGCCUAAGUAACGUUUCAGUGAACGUGAGGGUUUGUUCCUUUCCAGUGCUUGAGAGAUCCAGUGAGGGGGGGUAAAGACAGACCACUUGUCCUUGGCUCUAAGACUACAUUUACUUACCAGUGUGUUGAUUUGACUUGCAAAUGAAAGAUGGUUAUAGGUGAAUGGGUGGAUGGAUUUUAUGAGAUGGACUGCACAUUCUAUCCAAAACUCAAGUUUCAGUUCCCCCUUAGAUUUGUACUGUAACUGGAAUAAGUGUCAGUUUCUCAUAAUACCCUGGUAUUGUCUGUUUCCUGGGGCUGUAGUAUGGACUGAAUGUGGUCAUGAAGGAAGUGUUUUGAGACCAUAAAGAACUAUUGUGUGGGAAGGACUAUAGCUCAGAGGUAGAGCACUUGCCUAGCAUGUAGAAGGUCCUGGGUUCAAUACCCAGCACUAAAAAGAAAAAAAAUGCUCUGUUGCUCUUGGUACCAAAACUGCAGUGAGGUCCCAGCUUCAGUUCAGGCCCUGGGCAGUUGACAUUUGGAUAAUUUAGGUUAUAAACCACUUUUGCCUGACUUUUCUAGAUCCUACUUAUUUCUCCAGACUGUCUUUAUUUCUGUCUCAUUUCAAAGCAAGGAAUAGGAAUGAGAAUGGAAAAGUGAUUUGGGAACAUGGGAAGACUAUAUAAAAUGGAAAGGGCACGGUUUUAGGUCUUUGUAAGAACUAAAGAAAAUCUAGGAUUUCUAUCUCAUCUUUCAUAGCCCGUGUCCUUCUCCUUUCUUUGCCUUCUCCUCGCCCAUGAAGAAAUGGCAGCAUUCCAAGAAUAAUAUCUUUGUAAUAUCUGUACAAAAGGGAGAAAUGUAAAGGUAAAAAAUGUUUUGAGGAAAACAAAAAUGUAAUGACUGGAUGUAAUCACAUCUUUUAAGAAGAAUUCAUGUUGUUUUACUUGUAGUGGCAAAUGACAAGAUGGUACAACCUUUAUUCUUUUCCAGAAAUAAAACAAAGGGAACAGCAUCCAUAGUUAGCUGACAGCUAUUUCGGCCUUUUGGGUGGGUCUAGCCAUACUUGUGAUUUCAGUGGUACAUGACCCUUUGCCCAAGGCUUACCCCUGCCUGUGUACAUAGCACACUGUUUCUGUGGGCGGGUCCAGCACUUUCUGUCAUUGUUGUACUGUAUGUGAUGAAUUGCAUUGGUCUCUGCAUUUUUCUGCAGAAGAGGAGUAACCGUCCGGGUACCUUGACCUUUGUACAGCCCAGAGGCCAACAGUGUGGGCGUGUGACUCUUCAGCAAAAAUGAUGACAUGUGUAUAUACAUAAGGUUAUAUGGGGAAGAUUUCUAAAUAAAUGUUUUA